UCUAACUGAAUAUUAAACAAAGACAGAAAUACUGUUGCUGUGUCGAUUUGUGUCUUGCUGGAAAUCUCCCGUAAUUUUUAUAUCUAAGGAACUGGGUUAAUGAACGGCGGUAUACUCAUGCAGAUUAAUUACAUUGUAAACAAUGAGCGACAACGAUGACGAUCGACCACAAUUGAGCUCGAGUACGCUUGCCGCGUUAGAGGAAUUUUUAAAAGAGAAGAAAGAGCGAGAGAAUUUGUUGAAACGCAUAUCCGAAGAGAAUCAAGUGCCGGAUACUCCCUUUGACGAGGACUGGCAACUGAGUCAAUUUUGGUACAAUGACGAUACAAUAGAGGCUUUUGUCAGAGGUGCCUUAAACUCUACGCCGGCAAAUGGAAGAAUUGCUCUGGUCUCUUGUCCGACACUUUACAGCAAAUUGAAGAGAGAGUGCGGUGAACGACAAAUCAAGCUGUUUGAAUAUGACAACCGGUUCAAGAUAUUUGGCACAGAUUUUAUACAGUAUGAUUAUAAGUUUCCUCUGGACGUGCCCCGGAACAUGUCUUGUCAAUUUGAUUUGGUUAUAAUUGAUCCACCAUUCCUCUCGGAAGAGUGUCUAACCAAAAUGGCAGUAACAAUAAAAUUUUUGACCAAGAAAAAUAUUGUUCUCUGUACAGGUGCUGUUAUGGCAGAAUUGGCGAAGAGGCUGUUGGAUGUCAGGAAAUGUGACUUUAUUCCAGGUCAUAAGAACAAUUUGGCGAACGAAUUUUACUGCUAUUCGAAUUUUGAUUUUGACAAAACAUUAAAAUGAAAACAAACAGUAUUAGAAACAGUAUUAGAAAAUUCGAACAAAGAUAUAUUUAUAUAUAUUUGUGUAAAUCAGGGAUCUGGACAGAAUCAAAUUAUGAUUUGGUUAUGGUUUAAUAAAAAUAUUUAAAAACCA